CGCCGAGAUACAACACCCCUCAAAUCAGAUCCAACACCCUGCUUCAGCGCAGUGAUACAUACCUGGAUCAUGGGAGUGACACCACGCCGUGUGCCGUCUGCUUUUCACGUUUCCCUGCCGUUUGCCGGUCCCGUCUGCUAAGAGUUGGCUGCCUACCUUGGUCCUCGCCCCUGGCCAGUCCCACGACCUGAUCUGGGCCUGAUUUUUGCGACAGCCACACUUAACGCCUCCUCUGCCGGCACACGAACAAGCCUUCCUCCCUUCUUAGCGGCUCUUCGUCGAUCUUGGUAGCCGGAAAUUCAACAACCACCGUCUUGACUCGUUGCUCUUGACCCUUAUCAAACCGUCCCUCCAGACGCUUCCGUGCAGCAACUGGGCUGCUCCCGAGGGACAACCAUGGCUGCGGCUAAUCCCAACAGGCCCGAGGUGGGCGAUAUUUUGAUCGUUAUUCACGACUUCGAAGCCCGAAGUUCCGACGAGUUGACCCUGGCGAAAGGCGACCGUGUAGAGCUACUGGAGCGCGACGACGAGUUCGGAGAUGGGUGGUUUCUGGGCAAGCACCUGGUCAAUGGAAACAGUGGCCUCUUCCCAGAAGUGUAUACGCGACCAGCGCCGAAACCGCCUGCCAGUGCCCCGGUAUUCUCACUCCCGAAGCAGCCUCUUACCCCCCUGGCCGAGGUCUUCAACGAGCAGACAACUCCCGCCGGGAGUCCGCCCGUCGAGCAGAAAACGAAUGCCGCCGCGCCUGAGCCACAACCCGUGCCGGCCGCGCUUCCCCUUAGCUCCUUCAAGUCCACGACUGUCGCCGCCAGCCCACCACCUCCGGCCAGCAGUGUGCCGCCUAAUGUAGGCUCUGGCCUCGGCAACACGACCCGGCCCAGCACAAGCGCGGACAGCCACGUCCUGCACGAGACGCUGAACGUCAUCAAUGAGCACAUCACAGACUUCAACUCACCAUCAGGCAACGCAUCGCUUCGGAAUGGCAACGACUCCGGCAGCGAGUACAGCUCGCAUAUGGACAACCGCGUCUCGUACAUCCAGGGGGAGGAGACGGACGAAGAGGAGGAGACGGUUCACACCCGCCAGGAGGUGGAAUCAUGGAAUGCCGACCAGGUGGCCGAGUAUCUCUUCACGGCCGGCGUAGAGAAACACCAUUGCGAGGUUUUCCGGGACCAGGAAAUCACGGGUGAGGUGCUCCUUGGAAUGGAUCAGACAUCAGUCUUCAUCAAAGCGCUUGACUUGGGAUCCGUGGGGAGAAGAUUGAAAACGUGGCAGAAGAUUAAGCAGCUCCAGGACGAGGUGGUCGGGCAGGCGACGAGGACAGGCAGAAAUACGCAGACGUAUGGGAGCGAUGCAGGGUCGGAUGCCGGCAGGGUCCGGAGCCGGACAAAUACCAUCACGAGCUCGGGCCCGCGGUUUGCACCUCUCAACGAGACAUCUCUUUCGGUCAUGACCAAACGCCUGUCGCAAACGCCGAAGCUGGAACCGUAUGAGCCCGUGUCACCCGUUUCGCCUCUGAUAGAAAGCCCGACCCGCACGUACCACGACAAACGGCCAUCGGCUGCAUCCGUCCGAGAUUUGCACCAUUCGCGCCGCCACUCGUCAACAGAUUUCCGGAUCCCGGGCACAACCCUUAAUCUUUCGUCGGCAGCUCAAAAGGCGCCGCUCAACAGCAAUUUUGCGCGACAAGACGCUUCACACAAGAAGCAGCCGUCAUUUGACCGCAAUUGGACUCUGGGAAGUGCCACUGCUUACUCGCCGCGUCCCCUCUCCUCUGCAGGUCACCAUGACGCAAUGACUGGGCAAGGUGCAGAGCUCCAGGAUUCGGCCGUUGACCUUGACCGCGGCUACUUUUCGGGCACCGAUGCCGAUGGCCGGCGGCGCAACGUUCUGAAGAAGCGCGAUAGUGUCCAAUCCCCAAAACCGAGCUACGCAGAGGAACAGCGAGUACGCAGCGGCACUGCAUUGUCCAGGCACUCAAGGCUCAGCAGCGUGGACUCGGUGCGCGAUUCGGCACUUUCGCCUGCCGCGCAAAAGUACUACGGCGUUUCUAAACGCUCGCCCUCCGUCGCGACCACCGAUUCGCUGCGGCACGUCUCGGGCUCCAAAGAAGCCAUGAAUCCUACUGUCACCAGACUGGACAGCAAUGCGUCGGACCAAUCCCGCUCGUCACCCAGGUCUGCCAUCAAGCGGCUGAGCCAAGUUAACCAUCCGGACUUCAACGUGGCCAUGAUGCUGCGAAGCGGACUCGGAGGAUUGCGCGCAGCCUCGGACGCGAUUACGGGUAGUGAACGAGCCAAGCUGUCACCGAUUGAGAAUUCGCCCAUCAAGGAAUCGCCCAUGUACUCGCCGGCGCGCACUGGGUCUAGCACGCCCUCAGGCGGCCCGAGUUUCGAGCUCGAUUUGCCCGACGCCGCCAAGAGCCCGAGCACGGCCACGACUGCAGCUAGCCGGACCAGCCGCAAGAAGACGAAGCAGGAGACCAGUGCUUACCAGCGCGGCCUCCAAAAGAUUAGCCCUCGAGAAGCCAUGAAGGAUGCUGACUACAGCGGCUGGAUGAAGAAGAGGAGCGCCAACCUCAUGACGACGUGGAAGGCUCGGCUCUUUGUCCUCAAGGGCAGGCGCCUGGCGUACUACUACUCCGAGGAUGACGACCAGGAGCGGGGGCUGAUUGACAUCUCGUUCCACCGGGUCCUCCCGGCGGACAACGAGCGGCUCACGGGUCUCCACGCGACGCUGACGGGCGUCUCGAGCACGCCGGCCAUGCCGGCCGGCAGCCACAUGACGACGUCGGCCGCGGCCGACGCGGAACGCGAUCCCGUCAAGGAGUCGGAUCACAUCUUCAUCUUCAAGCUCGUCCCGCCGCGCGCGGGGCUCUCGCGCGCCGUCAACUUCACCAAGCCCACGGUGCACUACUUUGCCGUGCCCAACAUCAAGCAGGGACGGCUGUGGAUGGCGGCGCUGAUGAAGGCGACCAUCGACCGCGACGACACGCAGCCCAUCACGACCACGUACCAGCAAAAGACCAUUUCGCUAGCGAAAGCACGGCAGAUGCGGCACCGGCCGCCCGCACUUAUGAAUCUGGAGGACAACGGUAACGAAAACGAGGUCGGGAAUCACGGCGACGAGAAGGAGAUGGGCGGCCCGCUUUCCAAGACGGAUCCCAACGGUCUCGGCAUUGUGUAUGGCCAGGUCGACAGCGCGCCGCCCGUGGUGGCUGGAAUGGAUAAGUUUGGGCUAGCAGCAGCAGCGCGGCAGCAUCCCGAGAGCGCUGGCAGGACGAGUGGGGUUGGUGGGUUGGGCGCGCUGGGAGCGGGCGACAAGGACACGUCGUCAUUGCUGCCGCAGAGCGCUUAGGUGGGCUCUGGAUUGCACUCUUGAUGCAUGCGGAAUUCCUGCAAAAGCUGGAUUUGGUUGUCUAUUUGCCCUAUCAGGCAAUGACUGACUCGCUUUUUUUUUCCUCUCUGUACGCUGUUGAUUCUUCCCUUAUUCGCGCGUGCAUUGUAUUUUAGGUGGCCUAACAAAUACCCUCUUGAUUAUAUAUACUGUGACUGAC